UUCACUCAUUCAACAUUGGAGCCUUCAUUUGUCAUCCACAAGAUGAACUGCGAAUGAACGAAUGAACACGUCCAUUCGUCCAUUCGUUCAUUUACAUCAUGCAAAACAUCGAUUUCGGCGGCACGGCGGACGACCGUUCGGCACGUCUGCCUCACAGUUGCGAGGACCGGGGUCCGAGCGCCGGCCCCGCCCACGCGGGGUUUGCAUGUUCUCCCCGGGCUUGCGUGGCUUUUCUCCGGGAACUCCGCUUUCCUCCCGCAUCCCCCAAACAUGCUCGUGGGUUCAGUGAAGACUCUAAAUUGCCCGUAGGGGUGAAGGGUUGUUUGUUUCUGUGUGCCCCGCCAUUGGCCGGCAACCCGUUCAGGGCGUACCCCGCCUCCUGUCCGAUGACGACGGCCGGCACAGGCGAGGCGAAGCGGCUCACGAAACGCACGGAUGGAUGGAAUACAUCGCUUGCGUUCACUCGUUCCAUCUUUGAACCUUCAAUACCUCCCGUCCACGCAUCGAUGUUUUGUCCAAACUCAUUCACUCCUUCGCAAUACUCGACAGUCCUCCGUCCGUCUGUCUCCCAAGCUGAGCGGCGGCGGGCACGUGGCCACGUUGGAGCUCCACGGCGACAACUUCGGGCCUCACCUCAAAGUUUGCUUCGGCGCCAGCGAGGCCGACACCGUGUUCAAGUCCGCGAAGUCCCUCGUAUGCGUGGUUCCUGACGUGUGCGUGUUGCGGUGUGGUUGUCGUGGCAACGGCGGUCAAGGAGGUCGUUGUCACAGCGGCGCGGUGACGGUGCCCAUCUCUCUGCGGCGACGGUGCGACGGCGUCCUCUACCGCACCGCCUUCAGCUUCACGUACACGCCGGAGCUUCGCCAGCCGCAGCGUCGCCCGACGCGGCCGCCCGACGCCGCCGCGCGCGGGACCGACGCCGAGGGCGCGCGCCAGGACGACGCCCUGCUGGAGAGCAUACAUCACGAGUUCGCCAGAAGCAACUUCCACCUCUUCAUGCAGCCUUGAAACCCUAACAGAGACUUCUAAGCCUAACUUGAAACCUUAUUCCAAGCUGGAAACCCAAAUUUGAAGUUUUAACCAUGGCUUGAAACCCUAAUUCCUAACCCUAACUCGAAACCUUAACCUUGGCUCGGAAACCUGUUUUUGAAACCCGAACCUCGUUUGAGCCUUUAUGACAUGCAGAAAUAAAAACGUCAGAUCAUCAUCAUCAU